UGUAGUUUACAAGUUUUUAUCCGUAACAAAUAAUGUCAAUACUACAGGGGUGUAAACCCUAAGAAUAUUAUCGUCCGCUCAAGAGUCAAGCUGUAUUUUCGUCUUCUCUAAUCAUCGGCUAUUGGGCUAUUUGCUUAGGGCUACCAAUUUUGAGAACAGAGCAUCACUCUUUUGCCACAUGCAGAUUUGAGAACUCAAUUGAUCAAUCAUGUCAACUUUUGCGAAGCCCGAAAAUGCACUCAAGCGAGCUGAAGAGUUGAUCAAUGUUGGUCAGAAGCAAGAUGCGUUGCAGGCACUUCAUGACCUUAUUACAUCAAAAAGGUAUAGAACAUGGCAGAAGACGUUGGAGAAGAUUAUGUUUAAAUACAUGGAACUUUGUGUCGACAUGAGGAAAGGCCGCUAUGCCAAAGAUGGUUUAAUUCAAUAUCGAAUUGUGUGCCAACAAGUGAAUGUGAGCUCUUUGGAGGACGUUAUCAAGCAUUUCAUGCACCUUUCUACCGAGAAGGCUGAGGUUGCUCGUAAUCAAGCUCAAGCACUUGAAGAAGCACUUGAUGUUGAAGAUUUAGAAGCAGAUAAGCGUCCAGAAGAUCUAAUGCUAAGCUAUGUUAGUGGAGAGAAGGGGAAAGACAGGUCUGACCGUGAACUUGUUACACCAUGGUUCAAAUUUUUGUGGGAGACAUACAGAACCGUCCUGGAAAUUUUACGUAACAAUUCAAAAUUGGAGAGUCUUUAUGCGAUGACAGCACAUCGUGCUUUUCAGUUUUGCAAGCAAUAUAAACGUACCACAGAGUUCCGUAGACUCUGUGAAAUAAUCAGGAAUCAUUUGUCGAAUCUGAAUAAAUACAAAGAUCAACGAGAUAGACCUGAUUUAACAGCUCCAGAAACUUUACAAUUGUAUCUUGACACAAGAUUUGAGCAACUAAAGAUUGCCACAGAACUUGAACUUUGGCAGGAAGCAUUUCGUUCUGUUGAAGAUAUUCAUGGCUUGAUGUGUAUGGUUAAGAAGACCCCCAAGUCUUCUUUGAUGGUUGUUUACUAUGCCAAACUCACUGAGAUAUUUUGGAUUUCCGGAGGCCAUCUGUAUCAUGCAUAUGCUUGGCUCAAGCUUUUCUUGCUUCAAAAGAAAUUCAACAAGAACUUGAGUCAAAAGGAUUUGCAAACGAUUGCAUCAUCUGUUGUUUUGGCUGCCCUUUCGGUUCCUCCUUAUGAUCAUGCACGCGCUGCAUCUCGUUUGGAACUUGAAAAUGAGAAAGCGCGCAACCUGCAAAUGGCGAAUCUUAUCAAUUUUAAUCUUGAUCCCAAAACUGAGAGCAGAGAAGUGCUCUCGCGCUCAGCUCUUUUGUUGGAACUGGUGUCCAAAGGUGUAAUGUCUUGUGUGCUUCCAGAAGUAAAAGAUCUAUAUCAUCUUCUAGAGCAUGAGUUUCUCCCCUUAGAUUUGCCUUUGAAGGUGCAGCCAUUGUUGAAUACAAUUUCUAAGCUUGGAGGCAAACUUGCUUCAGCGUCUUCUGUACCAGAAGUGCAAUUGUGUAAGUAUGUUCCUGCAUUGGAGAAGCUAGCAACCCUGAGAUUGCUGCAGCAGGCUUCUCAAGUUUAUCAGUCAAUGACUAUUGAGAGUUUAUCCAAGAUGAUUCCAUUUUUUGAUUUUUCUGUUGUGGAAAAAAUAUCUGUUGAUGCUGUCAAGCACAAGUUUUUGACCAUGAAGAUUGAUCACAUGAAUGGUGCUGUUUCAUUCAGUAUUUUGGAUCCCGAAUCUGAUACCUUCAGGAACCACCUCACAGUGUUUGCUGAAUCUCUGAAUAACGUAAGAUCUAUGAUAUAUCCUUAUGUAAACAAGGCUUCAAAGGUUGGAGAUAUUUUGCCUGGUUUAGCUGAGGUUGUGGAAAGGGAACACAAGAAGCUUCUUGCUCGUAAAAUAAUUAUUGAACAGCGCAAGGAGGAACAAGAACGUCAAAUUUUGGAGAAGGAACGUGAGGAAGAGUUGAGGAGAUUACAGCAGCAGAAAAAUAACGAGGAAGCGGAGCAAAAAAGACUUGCUUUUGAGUUUGAAAGGAGGAAAUUGCAGCGUAUUCAAAAGGAAAUCGAGGAGCGUGAGAUUGAAGAAGCAAAAGCGUUGCUUCAGGAGAAGUUUGAUAAGUUUGGCAAAAAAGUGAAGAAAACAGUUCUGGAGGGGGAUAAGUUGACAAAAAAAGAAUUGAUGGAGCUGGCCCUCAAUGAGGGGGUGAAACAGAAACAAGAAAUGGAGAAAAAAUUGCAGAAGUUAGGCAAGCAGAUGGACUACCUGGAGAGAGCUAAACGAGAGGAGGAAGCUCCACUUAUUGAUGAUGCAUAUCAAAAGCGCCUAGUGGAGGAACAGCUUUUGCAUGAACGCGAGCAACAGCUUGAGGUUGAACUCAGCAGACAACGUCAUGAUGGUGAUGUUCAGGAAAAGAACAGACUAGCUCGUGUACUGGAAAACAAGAGGAUUUUACAAGAAAAAAUCGUGAACCGCCGCCAAGCUGAAUUUGAAAGGUGGCGCCAGGAGAGGGAGGAGCAUAUCCGUGUAAUUCUCCUAGAGCGUAAACAAGAAAGGGAAACUAAGCGCAAGAUGCUGUUCUUUUUGAAGGCUGAAGAGGAAAGAUUGAACAAGCUGCGUGAAGACGAGGAAAUACGGAAGCGUGAAGAGGCUGAGAGAAGAAGAAAGGAAGAGGCUGAGCGCAAAGCUAAGCUGGAUGAAAUUGCAGAGAAGCAACGUCAAAGAGAGCGGGAACUUGAAGAGAAGGAGAGGCUGCGUAAACAGCAGAUCCUUGCUGGUGAAGCUGCUCGUCCUUCCGAGACAUCUGAUAGGCCUCAGCCAGAGGCUGCACAAGUUGUUGCUCCUGCAGCAGCAGCUGCUGCUGCUCCUGCACCUGGGAAAUAUGUCCCUCGACACUUGCGUGAAAAAGCUGCUGAAGUUUCUAGCUCUUUGCAGGCUCCACCAGCUGAGCCUGAUCGCUGGGGAAGAAGGGAUGAUCUCCGCCCUUCGGCUGAUAGAUGGCGAAGUGAUGAUCGUCAAUCCUCGGGUUCUGGUGCUUUUGGUGGCAGUUCAAGGCCUCGCUAUGUUCCUCCGCGUAGGGGUUCUUAAAUUUGUUGACCACCGCUGCUACAAUUGACAUUACCGAGAUCACUUGGUAUUGUUCGCCUGUAACAUGCUGCUGCUCUCAGAGACUCAGAGUUCUACCUCUUUCAAUUUUGGUUUCAAUGUUCGUAUAUGUAUGCUGCUACUAGCUUAAACCCGUGCCAUUGUUGUCACACAUAUUUGCAUUAGACGUCGUUAAGUGCUAUAGACGACGAGCUGUAGUUUUGUGGAUUUCAUUAUCUAGAUUUGGUCACUCUGAAGGAUUAUCUCCAAAUCAUCAACAGAUUAUAAUUAAUUUUGCAUAUUGGGUUUGAACCCUUCUAGAAUUUUCUUGAGGAUGCAGGUUAAAUCAAUACAAAAUUCAUCAGGUUUCGUUCUUUGAUUGGUUUUAUUUUAAGAUUUUGAAGUUUAGUUUGAGGGUUGUAUUGGAAACUUGUUGAAACAUCCAUCGUGUUGCAAACCUUAUAAUAUUACUCAUUUUUUUAA